AUCCUGCAGACGCCCGAGGUGCUCGGGCUGGGAGACUGAGACCCCGGGAUCCGCAGCAGCGUUCGCGGCGGCACUUGCGGAGAUGGCCGGGAAGAAGGCGCGUAAGAACGCGCAACCGAGCCCCGCGCGCACUGAGCUGGAAGAGGAGUGUGCUGCUCAGCUCAGGAGACUGGGAGACAAACUGAAUUUCCGGCAGAAACUUCUGAAUCUGAUAACCAAAUUCUUCUGCUCAGGAACCUGACUGCAACAAAAACUUGUGCAUAAGGGGACUCCUUCGAAAGGGAAGUUUCCCACAAUAGGUGCAAGUGGUACAAAUUUCAUAAAUUCGAAGAGAGGUCUCAUUGCAUGUAAUUGAGAGGAGUGAAAAGGAGCAUUCACUUGCUGUGGACGCCCUUGAGAAGUGAAGAUGGAAUACCUCAGAAGAAUUUCUGUGGGGGGGGUUUUCAUAUGUCAUUUUUGGGGCUGUGAGAACAUUGUAAAACUACUUUGUUUAUUUGAAAACAACACUUUAGUUAGAGAAUUAUUCUGUUAUUUUUGCUGAAGGUCAUUGCCCAGCCUGGUAUAAAAGGAGUUGAAAAUAACAUUAAGGCUGAAAGAAAUAGUUCAGUGUUGGUUUUUUUUUUGUUGUUUGUUUUGUUUUUUUACUUUUCAGUGCCAACUUCAGAGCACUGUAUACUAUUUAGUUUAUAUAUAUAUUGUCUUGUUAAAAGGACAAAUUUCGUUCUGAGAACACUGAAUGUUAUUGAAUGUUGAUUGCAUAGGUCACUACAUAAUGUAAAAUAAGUUAAUUUGUUCUGAUUCAAAUUGUAUUGAUUCUGUUCAGAUGACUUUCA